AUGGAUAACCAGUGGAAUAGCAUCGAAAAUGACAAUGAAGAGAAUUACCAUGGAAAAGAUUGUUUACCAUUGAAAAUAUUUGAUGGUACAAAAACGUCUAUUAACGAUUUGACAGAAGCGUCAAUCACCUACAUGUGGCUGAGACGCAUAAAAGAAAUAUUUCUUGCCAUGAGUAAAAGACGUGAAGAUGAUCCAUUUGUGGAACGCGAUAUGGUUAUAGCCAAAGAGGAUAUGCAUCAAACAUGCACUCGAUACAUCGAAAGUAUCAGACCAACAUCAAGCAUUCUUAAUGAGGUAAUGCCAUCGGUUUUUGCUCGUAUUGCAAAUUGA